AUGUCUCUACCACCUUCGCAAAGUUUUGGCACCUUUCGAAAACUACGAGCCGCAUCGACAAGUUCUCCCUCGAGUCCGCGGGUCAUUGCUGGAUCUGAUUCUCAAGAUGCGUGGGUGAAUUCUGCGGCAGAUUCAAACUAUGACGUCCAUGCCUCAAACAGCAAUGUCGGAGCUUCCAACCAAAGAGAACCUACGCGAUCUUCGUUGCAUCUCCUUUCCUAUCGGGGGCCGUCAGCUCCUAUCGAUAGUGCCCAAUUUGCUCUCAGCGUAAGAGAAGAUACCGCCGAACUCGCAUCCUACGCCCUCUCCGAUAGAGCUUCAAUCCAAAGCUCCUCUCCUCCUCCACGACGUUCUAUUCAAACCCAUCUCGAUCACUACUUUACCGGCGGAUCCGAUAAUGAGUCGUCCAUGGCCGGCGGCGAGCAGCCUAUACAACAUGAUACUAUAAAAGAGGUUUCUGAACCUGUAUCGCCAGCCGAUGGCCAAUCUCCUCCAAAUAGACCAGGCACUUCUGCCCUUUCAGACCUCAUUAGACGCUCCCCUCCAAGUACAUCCCCUGCGGACACUUCACCACCAAACGGUGCGUCUGAACCAUCGGCCAAAUCGAAUGGGCACGCGAGAAAAAGUAGGCGCGCAACUGGUAGUAAAGCGAACGGGGAACAGAGCAGGCUCAUUAUCUCCUUGGAUGGUGUCGUAGAGGAUGAAAGAACACCCCUUCUUUCAAGGACCAAGACCCCGGAAGCUCAUGUUCAUCCCGACUACAUCGCUGGUGAGGGUGACCUCGAGGACCAACGACCGAAAAAGAAGCCAUAUUGGUCAAAGCUCCACAAAGUAGCACAAUGGCCUAGAGAGCGAGGCGUUGAAAUUGCUCAUACUGUUUUCACCCCGAAAGCGUGGAACACGAGAGCUAUCUGGCAGAAUGCCGUUGUUGCUCCUGUGGGGUAUCUUCCUGCGGUUGUGCUUGGACUUUUACUCAAUGUCUUAGAUGCGUUAUCCUACGGCAUGAUUCUCUUUCCACUCGGCCAACCAAUUUUCGAGUCUCUGGGAUCGGCUGGUAUUUCUAUGUUCUACAUAAGUUGUAUUGUUUCGCAGCUGGUGUAUUCUUGUGGUGGAAGUCGCUUCCGGGGAGGAGUUGGUUCUGAAAUGAUUGAGGUCGUUCCCUUCUUUCAUAAAAUGGCCUUCACAAUUAUGGCUAAAGUCGGCGAAGAAAACCCGCAAGCAGUUAUUGCGACGGUUAUCACUUCUUAUGCCAUUAGCUCGAUCCUUACAGGUUUGGUAUUCUUCUUGAUGGGUACAUUCCGAUUCGGUUAUAUUGUCGGGUUCAUUCCGAGACAUAUACUUACUGGAUGUAUCGGUGGUGUUGGGUUCUUCUUGAUCGUUACAGGCUUCGAAGUCGCAGCUCGCAUGGAUGGCAACCUGGAGUACAACCUUGACACUUUGAAGCACAUGAUCAAGGUCGAUACCUUACCGUUAUGGCUUAUCCCAUUCGUUCUAGCAAUUGUGUUAUACAAGCUGCAGCAGAGGAUCCAAAAUCGGUACUUCCUGCCAGCAUACAUUUUGCUCAUCCCGGCAGUAUUCUACUUUUUUGUUUUCUCUUUGGACGAGUUGAACCUCGACAACCUUACAGAUAACGGAUGGAUCUUCGAAGGGCCUGAAGCUGGAGAACCUUGGUGGUAUUUUUACACCUUGUACAGGUUUGAUCUCGUGGAUUGGGAUGCCAUCUUGGAGUGUAUCCCGGCGAUGUUUGCACUUACUUUCUUCGGCAUCCUGCACGUGCCUAUUAAUGUUCCAUCUUUGGCCUUCAGCGUUGGCGAGGAUAAUCUGAGCUUAGACAGAGAGCUCAUUGCUCAUGGUUUGUCUAAUGCAAUUUCUGGAUUUGCCGGCAGUAUUCAGAAUUAUUUGGUGUAUGCCAACUCGGUACUGUUCUAUCGUAGUGGUGGCGAUAGUCGCGUCGCCGGAAUCAUGCUUGCGGUCUUUACAGUCGGGGUGCUCAUUAUUGGACCUACUAUCAUUGGAUUCAUUCCGGUGAUGAUGGUUGGUGUUCUUAUUUUCGUUCUUGGUUUCGAGCUGUUCCUCGAAGCUGUCUGGGAGCCGAGAAAGAAACUGAAGAUCCUCGAAUACUUGACGGUCAUCACCAUCGUCUUAGUAAUGGGUAUCUACGAUUUCGUCGUUGGUAUUUUUAUUGGUAUUGGCCUCGCCUUCAUGUCACUAACUGUACAAACCUCGAGAAUCCCUGCUAUUCGAGCAUCAUAUUCCGGGGAAAUUGCCGGAUCCACCGUGCGACGAAACCCAAUACAACAUGAUUACUUGCGUAAAGCUGGGCAGCAAGUUCAUGUAACGAAACUAGCAGGAUAUCUAUUCUUCGGUACUAUUGUCAGCGUUGAGGAGCGCCUACGAGCUUUAAUAGAAGAUGGAACAUUUGCACAACGGCCAAUCCGCUUCUUAGUCCUCGAUCUAUGGCAUGUCACCGGAAUCGAUUACUCUGCUGCCGAAGCAUUCAACAGGUUGAAUAGAAUCUUUAGCAAGAAAGGCGUUACGCUUGUUAUGAGUGGCAUAAGUUCAGAAGGGCCUCUUGGCGCAACAUUAUCUGCUGUUGGACUAGGCCAGGAUGGAAACGAGGUGAAGCUGUUUGAAGAGCUGAACUCUGCAUUAGAAAGCUGCGAGAAUGAGCUACUCAAGACUCUCUACGCAAGCAAAGAAGCGCGUAGCAGUCUAAGGAAUCCACCGUCUAACCUGGAUGUACCAGGGAAGAAUCGCGUUGCGAAGAUUGAGCCAACUAUCGACGCCCAAUUCAGCUCACCUCGCCGAAAUCAGCUCCAAAGAGCAGCUACCAUGACACUCGACGAAGGACCAGCAGAAGCGCGCUACGCAAAUUUCAAAGAACCACUCCGCCUCAUUCUCCAAACCUUCCAAGGCCUCACAACCGAAAACGAAGAUUUCUGGUUCCGUCUCACCCCCUUCUUCACCAAAAAAGAAUACCCCGCCGGCACAGUCCUCUUCCGAAGCGGCGAACCAGCAACCGGUUUCUACCUCCUCGAAGACGGUAUCCUCCGCGCCGACUACGAUCUCCCGCAAGGCCGUUACUUCGAAAGCAUCGUCGCCGGCACCACCUGCGGCGAACUCCCCUUCUUCUCCGAGACUGACCGCACCGCCACCGUGCAAGCGGAACGCGACUGCGUUACCUGGCUUAUGGACCGCGAGAACUGGGAUAAUCUCCAGAAGGCGGAUCCGGAGGUCUCGCAGGAGCUGCUGAGGAUCUCGUUGAAACUGACGAGUGAGAGGAUGAGUGCUAUUACUUCUUAUGUGUUGACUACUGCUGGAUAG